UCCAAGCUAUCGGCAGCCAAAGAGCGGCCAUUCUUUUCUCGGUCAAUGGUACGGUGUGUACGGAUUUCUUUUGUUCCAGCCUUAUAAUUGAACUGGCUGAGCCGAAAAUUUCCAGAACAAAGUGCCUAUUAUAACCAAGUGAUAUCGGGCCGAAUUGAAUAGGUCAAGUGCCGGGGUAUUGUUAUAGCGAGAUUCGGAAAAAUAAACAAUCGAAAGUGUUUUUCUUUUCUUUGCGUGAUCGUUCGGUUCGGCUAGUGCGUUUAUCGUAAAACUCGCACUAUGAAUGGGGAAUCGGAUAUCGGGAGCACCGAUGAGUCGGGAAUUGUGCUAGAUGAUUCCAUCAGUCUACUGGUCGAUCAGGAUCAAUCGGGGACGAUCGAUCUGCAAAACGGUUCCACGGUGACCUCUGUUCUGAUCGAUGACCAGUGGCCAAGCCACCACAUUCUGGUCGAGGGUGUCGACGAGUUUGGUAGCACCGUGGCUUUUCUCGCGGACACUAUGAGUGUACACGGAACCGAAGGCCAACAGGGCCCGGACGAUUCGGGGACAGCUUCGACGGCAACGGUGCUAGCCGUUCUGGAAGAACCCCAUUCGGAGGAAUCGGACGAAGAGGUCAAACGGGCCAUCGAUCAGUACUACAGCCAGCUGGAAAUGCGAGCUGUUGCGGCCUCAUCCGCCGAUGAAGAGGACGAGGUCGAUCCGGGAACCGAUCCCGAUGACAAUGCCUUCCUCAGCAAGUAUCUGAUCCAGUACAAGCUGGCAUCGAUGAGGCAAAGCACCGCCGACGAGAUGCUGACCAUGGAGUCUGACAUGAAAGGCGGCAUACUGCACGCCACAAUGCCGCCACAUCACGCGGCAUCGCUGCAUAGUCAUUCGACUUCACCAUACGGGGCCUUGGGAUCGUUGAGUAUGAUGAAUAUCGGCCAAUCGCAGCUGGGAAGUCAUCAAUCUCAGCACCUGGGACACCAGCAGCACCUGUCCCAUAGCAAUAACGGCAGUUCGUACGGGCAGACCCACUCGAAUCCGCAUGGUUCUCCGCUGCAACCGGGAUCGGGUUUGAGUCCAAGUGGCCCCACGCCAACUUCCCAGCAGCAAACACCCCCAUCAACGGGACUAGGCAAUCAUCACAUUACCUCGACGGGUCAAACGCACACGCAUAUCGGUUCGGGUGGCACCGUAAACCAUAACAACAACAAUACGACCAAGGCCCAACAGAAUGCCGAUCGCGUGAAGCGACCGAUGAAUGCCUUCAUGGUUUGGUCACGUGGCCAGCGGAGAAAGAUGGCUUCAGACAAUCCAAAGAUGCACAACUCAGAAAUCUCCAAAAGACUGGGAGCUCAGUGGAAGGAUCUUUCCGAAUCGGAAAAACGCCCGUUCAUCGAUGAAGCGAAACGACUACGAGCCGUUCACAUGAAGGAACAUCCCGACUACAAGUACCGUCCACGUCGAAAGACGAAGACGCUCACGAAAACCAAGGAGAAGUAUCCGCUAGGAGUUGGUUCCUUGCUGCAGUCCAGUGAAAGUAACUCGAUUCGGAACAAUAACUCGAUCUCGGCGGCUCAACAGGCUGCAGCGGCCGCGGCUGCCAAUCGCGAAAUGUACCAAAUGCCACCAAACGGAUACAUGCCCAACGGGUACAUGAUGCAUGAUCCCUCAGCCGCCGCUUAUCAAUCUCAGCAACAUUACAUGAGCAAUUAUCAUCGAUACGAUAUGGGCCAGAUGCACAACGCUGCCUCCACUGGUUCCCUGAACUCCUACAUGAACGCCACCGGCUACGGAAUGUACGGAACCGUAUCCGGCGGUCAGACUUCACCUUAUGGCCUGCAGCAGCCCGGCUCACCUUACAGUACAAUCCAACAGCAACCCGGAUCGCCGUAUGGCCUCAAUCAACCGGGCAGCCAAAUCUCCUGCCAAAGCCAUAGUCCCAGUGAUUCCAGCGUCAAAUCUGAACCCGUCUCGCCUAGUCCAACGUCCACCAACAACAACCUGAUAAUGAAGCGAGAGUACGGCCAACCUGCCGGUCCAGAUCUAAGCCACCUCAUCAACAUGUACCACGUGCCGGACAUGCAAAGUUCGGAACACCAGCGAAACCUAAUGCAACACUAUCAGCACAGUGCAUCACCGGAUCUACAGUCCCAGCAGCAGCAGGUCCUCCGAACGAUGGCCCCAAUCUCGCACAUGUGAGACUUGGCCAGUUCCAUAGGGCUGCAAUCAACGUCCUCAACAUCACCGGCGGCCCUGGUACCACCACUAUCGCCGGUCCUCAACUCUGGAUCGGCGUCAACCGGUGCAGUAUCAUCGCCGCUGUUCCACGGCCCAGUAUCAAACGCAGCGCCAUUGCCGGGACAAUCGUCCUCUUCUUCGUCUUCAUCGCCGCUGUCCUCGUAUCGACACCACCAUCAUCACCAUCACCACCACCACCUGGCGAACGGAAUCGGCGUUGGUGGUGCCGCAGCCUUGGUGUUGGGAUCUGGUGGCGGGGGCGGAUCCAGCAGUAGCAGUUGUAGCAAUCUAAGCCUUGGCCAUAACCUCAACACAACUUCCGUUCCGUCCCCGACGGCGCCCGGGGACCACAGCGGCAGUAGCCUAGGACAUCAGCUUCAUCACCACAUCGUCAGCAAUUGUGUUAGUACCGAUAGAACCAAUCACCUGAUGGACAUAUCGCCACUCUAAUCUUCACUUUACCACCCAUCAUUUAUGAUUUAAAUGCUAAACAAAAAAAAAAGAGAAAAGAGAAGUCCUGUUCUAUUCCCCCAGAAUAAAACCCCAAUCCCCCUCCUCCCCAUAAACCCAUCCCCAAACACGCGAUGGCGAUUUGUUAAGUUUGAAUUAUCCUUGUAAAUUUUGGUCCCUAAAUCCCAGUUCACGAUUUCUGACACAAUCGAACGAAGAAAAAAACAAAAAGUCCGUUCCGCCGGGUACUCGAGCCGGAUCCCGGACACGGCGCGAGAGAAUAGAAGAAACCACUGUGUGAUAUUAUUUUCCAUUGCAUAUAAAGAAAAGAAAAAAAAAACAAGAAAAACAAAAACAAAGAAACGAAAUAUGAAUUAUUGUAAUAUGUAUAUUUUGGAUUAAUCUUUAUUUUCCAAAAAAAAACCCCAUCCAGUAUCGAUUAGCGCGAAAAAGAGAUGAAAAGUUGAAUUAGUUUUAUUCAAUACAUUAUUAGUUUGUAGAUUCUUUUUAUAAUUUUAUCAAGAAAAAAUCAAAACGUAAAGCAAACAAAAACAAAUUAUUAAAAAAAAACAAGAAAAACCAACAAACAAACGAAAAGUUCGCCGUUGUUACUGAUGAUCUUUCUGUGUACUCUGUUAGCGACUGCUAGCGUUUUUUGAGAUAAAAAAAGAACUGAAAUAAAAAAAAAAUGAAAUACCCUAUAAAAAAAAC